AUGGAUCUCACUUUAAAUGAAUUCAACAACAGCAUCUUUCCGUUUCUUAAUGCUGCUACAUCACUUACAACUCUUUUUCUCCGGGAUAACAACAUUGAUGGUCUUUUACCUGAACUUAAAGAUUUGACAAACUUGGAACUGCUGGAUCUGAGUAGCAACAAGUUUAAUGGUUCCAUACCAAUACAAGAGUUAACUGCCCUGAAGAAGCUGAAAGUUCUGGAUCUAAGCGGUAAUGAGCUUUCCGGCUCAAUGGAAUUGAAAGGGGUUUGUGAAUUGAAGAAUAUAGAAGAGCUCGAUCUCAGUAAAGACAAUCUAGUAGGUCAGUUUCCUUUAUGUUUAACAAGCUUGACUGGACUUAGAGUUCUUGAUCUCUCGUCGAACCAACUGACUGGGAAUCUACCAGCUGAUCUUGGUAAACUUGAAUUCCUUGAGUACUUGUCGUUGUUUGAUAGCGACUUCGAAGGCUUCUUCUCAUUUGGUUCGAUCGCCAAACUCUCAAUGCUUAAGGUGGUCAAAAUUUAUUCGAGAUCCAACUUACUUAAAGUAGAGGUUGAAGGUUCUUGGGAGCCAAAUUUUCAGUUGACUGUUAUUGUACUGCGAUCUUGCAAAUUGGAGAAGCUUUCACCUACCGAAAUCUUCUCAUGGCCUGCUUUUCCUGAAUUUAAUCACAUGUUACCAGAGAACAUUGGGUGGAUACUUCCUCAUUUGCGGUAUCUGAAUCUAGCGAAUAACGGCUUUCAAGGAAACUUGCCAUCUUCUCUUGGUAACAAUUUAUCACACAACAGUUUCCAAGGGAAGCUACCAAGAAGUGUUUCAAAGGGUUGUUAUUCCAUGACAAUCUUGAAGUUGUCACAUAACAAACUAUCUGGAGAGAUUUUUCAAGAAUCAGUACACUUUACUGAUAUAAAUGUGUUGUCUAUGGAUCAUAAUCAGUUUACAGGAAAGAUAGGACAAGGUUUGUAUAUGCUUGACAUUUCGAACAACAAUCUCACUGGUGUUAUUCCAAGUUGGUUUGAUGAACUUUCAUCUUUAUCUGCACUACUGGUUUCAAACAACUUGUUGGAAGGUGAAAUACCAAUUUCUUUGUUCAACAUGCCUAGUCUUUGGAUAUUGGACCUCUCUGCAAACUUUUUAUCUGGGGACAUACCUCCACUUGUUAAUUCUAGGACUCCUAUAGUGUUACUCCUGCAAGACAAUAAUUUGUCAGGGGUUAUUCCAGAGACAUUGUUAGGAAAUGUCACCAUACAACAGAGUGUCGGGGGAGUAUUCCGCAGUUCAUCAACACCGAAAGCAUCAGUAUUCUUCUUCUGCGGGGGAAUGAUUUAA